AUGAUUGCUCGCAUACUAGCAAAGACAGUCGCCUUACGGCAAGCCGUGCAAGUCGAGUUGCAAGGUAAGUACUCGACGCAGCGAGUGCAGGCGCUCUUCAAGUAUCAUGACUACGUCAGCACUCUGUGCGUGCUGCUCGUGUUGCUGGUGACGCCGCUGCCGUGCUUCCUGCUGAUCCUGAUCGUCGACGCCGUGCCGCUGCGCCCCAUCAGUGAAGGAAUUGAGUCCAGCCAGCUCUUCUUCGUGCGGGCGUUCGUGAGUUUCUGGAUCGCCAGCAUCACGGCGUUCGGCCAGAUCAAGCACAUGUUCCCGCUAGUUCCUCUCUCAAACGUGAAGAUCAUCUACCUUGGCGGAAUCGUUGCUGGAGCUACAGUAAGCGCCAUGUACGCGCUCACACUCGUCAUUGGGUACCCUCUACCUUUCGGCAUCGUGGCUGUCUCUCCAGUUUGGGUCUUCUUGCUGCUGGCCCCACUUUUCUCGUGGAUGAAAAGAGCUCACGCUGACCCCGUUGUACGCGCGAUGCUGUUCGAUCAAAAUUCGCCGUCGGUGACGACGACUUGUGCUCUGAUGGCUGCAAAAGUGCUGCAGAUGAGUCUAUCGUUCUAUGAUAUCGAACUUGUGGUCCGGCGCAUGAAGGCCUUGAAAAUGGAGAGUCGUGACGGAAAGGCAUUUGGUGACGAUGACCGUGCUGGGCAUACAAAGGAAAAUGUAUCGGAUACCACCAGCACGAGCGUCAAGUAUCGGUACGUGGUAGAGCUUCGAAAGGUUCUGUACAUCACGGAGUUCGUGAUGCUGGUAAACUACGUGGAAGUCGUGAUCCCAGUCAUAUUUUCUGCGUACUUACUUGCGAUGUAUCAUCUCCCGAAUGGCACCUACUACGACCAAAUGGCCGAGAUGGACGAUAUUCGGCUUCGAGAAGCUGUUUUCAACGUGCUGCUCUAUGCUGCGCUACAGUUAGAGUACUGA